ACGAGGUUCUGUGCACCGCCAGGCGGCUGCGAGCUGGUCCGCGGUGCCACGCGACCCCAGCCUGGCAUGAACCGUUACCUGCUGCCCGUGUCCUUGGUGGGCACGGUGGUCGGGGGCACCGUGCUGCUCAAGGAUUAUGUUGCUGGUGGGGCUUGUCCCAGCAAGGCCACCAUACCUGGGAAGACAGUCAUUGUGACAGGUGCCAACACAGGCAUUGGGAAACAAACUGCGUUGGAACUGGCUAAAAGAGGAGGCAAUGUCAUUCUGGCCUGUCGUGACAUGGAGAAAUGUGAGGCAGCGGCAAAGGACAUUCGUGGGGAGACUCUUAACCACCAUGUUCGUGCCCAGCACCUGGACCUAGCUUCUCUCAAGUCCAUCCGAGAGUUUGCCACAAAGGUCAUUGAAGAGGAGGAACGAGUGGACAUUCUGGUCAACAACGCAGCUGUGAUGCGGUGCCCGCACUGGACCACUGAGGAUGGCUUCGAGAUGCAGUUUGGCGUCAACUACCUGGGUCACUUUCUGUUGACAAACUUGCUCCUGGACAAGCUGAAGGCCUCAGCCCCUUCGCGGGUCGUCAACCUCUCGUCCUUGGCCCACGUUGCUGGGCACAUAGACUUCGAGGACCUGAACUGGCAGAAGAGGCCGUAUGACACCAAAGCAGCCUACUGUCAGAGCAAGCUGGCCGUCGUCCUCUUCACCAAGGAGCUGAGCCGGCGGCUGCAGGGCACAGGCGUGACUGUGAAUGCUUUGCACCCUGGUGUGGCCAGGACAGAGCUGGGUAGACACACUGGUAUGCACAACUCUACCUUCUCCAGCCUCACCCUAGGGCCGUUCUUCUGGCUGCUGUUUAAGAGUCCCGAGCUGGCAGCCCAGACCAGCACAUACCUGGCCGUAGCAAAGGAACUGGAGGAAGUUUCUGGAAAGUACUUUGAUGGACUCAGAGAGAAGGCGCCAGCCCCUGAGGCUGAAGAUGAAGAGGUAGCCCGGAGGCUUUGGACUGAAAGUGCCCACUUGGUGGGCUUGGGUAUGUCCCAUGGGUCUCUGAGGGGAAAAUCUCUCCCCAUAUAACCCCUGGAACAGGUUUGAGUCAACUGGGUCUCCAGGAUGGAGGCACACCCUUUGGGGAAAGAAUGUACAUGGUGAGCCUCAAGAGGAAGGAUGCUGGCUGCUAUCCCCUCAUCAUCCUCUGGGCAGCACCAUUGCCCCAGCGUGAGCUCUCAUGAACGAGGCUAUGGCUGCCACACCGCUAUCAUCCUGUAGAUGGCAGUGUUGUUCUUUCUGGUCGGCCAGAGUGGGUUGGACUACAGGUGGGCUGGCAGAUUCAGUAUGCCCUGUUGCCAGUUGGUGCUCCGAGCCAGCUGGUGCGUUCCUCUGGAACAUAGCCUUGGUGUCCCGCUGAGAGGUGAUGAUCUGACAGUCCAGUCAUGGUUCCCCAUGGGCCCUUGCCCAAUUCAGCCCCUGUCUCAGCCUUGGCUCUCCAUUUGCAAAGUGCACAGGACAAUUAACUACCUCACCCUGUUGUGGUGGAGGGCAGCUGUGAGUCCCUUGCCUGUAGUGUUUACAGAAGACCUCUUGUGUUUUGUUUUUUCGAGGUAGGGUCUCACUCUAGCCCAGGCUGACCCGGAAUUCACUAUGACCCUACCUCAAAAAAAAUUAAAUAAAUAAAAAGAAAGAAAUAAACAAAAAGUCCUCAAAAAGCUCACUAAUCAAGAGACAAAAACAUGCUUCGAAUGUUCAUAGAGGCCGGGAACGCUACUCAGUAUCCUAACCCCACUGAACAGCCUCAGACGUCCACAGUGCGAGGGGGAGGAGUGUGGAGGGGGCUCUUAAGGACUGCCUGAAGUUUCCCGGAUGCUGCUUUUUCUUUCUGUCACGACGUCAUCCUAACUGGCUGUGGAUGAACCUGGGAACACCUGGCUGUGGUAAGCAGCCAGCAGCACCUGCCUUUCUGUGCUCAUGCCGUCAUCUUUCUCCCUGUGAGUUUUGGGCGGGACCUAGGACUCAUUCCUAACUGGGAACAGGAAUGGUGUGUCACUGCAGAAUAGGCGACAGGAGACUGGCUGCCUGCUGCUGCUGAGCUCUCUCCUCACCGUCUUCUCCGACAAGACCGCCCGUGUCGAGGUGAGCUGCUGCACGGAGAAGCGAGAAGUGAGGGCAGCUCUCGCUCACCAGUGAUCAGAGACUGGAACCCUCAGCCCAGUGACCUGGGAGACCCUGAGCCAUGCCAGUAACUAUGUGAGGGAGCUUCCUGUAUUCUGUUGGGAAUAAGUUACAGGUCCAGCAAAGAGGAGUAAGCUAGAGGAGGAGGUGGGAGUCAUGAGUGGUUACCAGGAGAGAAUCUCAUCUAGCCUAUCUGUCUGUAUCAUCUGUUAUAUACCUAUGUGACUGUAUCAUUUAUUUAUUCAUCUCUAUCAUCUCUCUCUGUAUAUAUCUACCUAUAUCUAAUCUAUCACAUAUGUGUGCAUGUAAAUAUCUACCAGUCAUCUCUCCCUCCACUUAUAUCAUCUCUCUACCAUCUUUCCAUCUACCAUCCAUCAUCUAUCCAUUUACAUGUCUGUCCAUCAGGUAACCAGCUGUCAUCUGUCCACCUAUCUAAUCUGUCAUCUAUCAUGCAUCUUUUUUUUU